UCCGGUCCAGCUCACCCUAUUCUCGUGACAGCCUCGCAGAAAUCUAAAAUGCAUCCGCAUUCGCCUCGAGAAUUCUUGAAAGUGCACAUCUUUCGACCACGAUUUCGUCUGACACCUCUUGUCGGCGAAGGACUCCGAGCCAUUUAGGCAGUCGGACUGGCUCCGUCGAGACUGUACCAAUUCAACAGUGUUGCCUCUUAUUUUAAAGAGGUCUUGCGGUGUGUUCCGCGUCCUGCGGCGGUCCUGUUGGCGCCAUGGCAAGAGUCCACCCUUCAGCCUCUCGCUUAGCUUCACGUCCACACAAGCAGGGAGCAAGCUCGGCUCGCAUGGCGUCCCUUACCCUCCUCGCCUUAGUCAUAGUAGCGGGAUGUUCCAUAGGAGGUCACCCAGGUGUCGUUCUGGUGUCCGCCGCGCCUGUCCCCGUGGCGAAAUGCUUCAAGUCGACGCUUCCUGGUUACACCGCUGCAGCCACCCUCGCUAAAAAAGGGAUUGUGCUCCACUGGAAGACCGUCAACCCGAAUACGAUAAAUUUCGCCGUGGAGGCAAAAGCUGCCAGCAACGCUUACAAGGGCUGGAUAUCCGUCGGAUUCUCCAAGGCGGGCAAGAUGACCGGCUCAGAUGCGGUGAUCGGCAACCUGCCCCGGCCGAACGCGAUUGGUCCAUACGUCAUGACAGGCAUUGCGAAGUCCUCGGUGACGAGGACGAAGAAGUUCGCGAUCACGAAGACGAGCGUGGUUACCAACGCCAAGGGAACCAUCAUGAGGUUUACCCGCUCUGGCCCUGCGGGUACUGUCCCUGUGAAGUACGCUGGGAGAAACUUCAUUCUAUGGGCGUAUUCCGCCACUGGCAAGUCCAAGGCCCUCGACAACCACUCACCUCUGAACAGGGGUGCUGUGGUUGUGAACUUUGGCUGUAAGGUGUAAGAAGACUUGCAGUCCAAGAGAUGAGCGAAUUCCUGCGAGGUUGCAUCAGCAUCAGUUCGCGCAUUACUAUACUGAACUCAAGUGGCACCGCACCGUAUCUUGCGAGAAUGAUUCAGCUUUAUCUGAUCCAACUUUGCAGGAAUACGUCCUUAAAGAAAAACCUGUUGGGAGGUUGGCAUCGAGAUGCAUAUUGUGUACUUCUAGGCUCCUACGUAUCAAUAUGUGUCAUAUCAAGGCUUCCUUGCUACCACCUUGU